UAUGGCUACGCCCCCAAAGGCUCCUCGGUCAUCCUGUACAGCGAGAAGAAGUACCGCCACUUCCAGUACUUUGUGGCUCCCAACUGGCAGGGAGGGAUCUACGCCUCGCCCUCCAUAGCGGGCUCCAGGCCAGGGGGCAUCAUCGCCGCCUGCUGGGCCACCAUGAUGCACAUGGGCGAGGACGGAUACGUGGACGCCACGCGCAAGAUCAUCAGCACCGCGCGCACGAUCGAGGCCGAGGUCCGUGAGAUCAAGGGACUGUUUGUGUUCGGGAAGCCCGAGGUGUCCGUGGUGGCCAUGGGCUCCGACGACUUCGAUAUCUUCCGCCUCUCCAACGCGCUGACGACCAAAGGCUGGAACCUGAACACACUGCAGUACCCCUCCAGUAUCCACAUCUGCUGCACGGUCCUGCAUACAAAGGAGGGCGUGGCCGAGAAGUUUGUCAAGGACGUCAGGGAACAGGUGGCCAUCAUCAUGAAGAACCCCAAGGAGAAGACCACUGGAAUGGGAGCCAUCUACGGCAUGGCGCAGUCCAUCCCGGACAGGUCCAUGGUGACGGAAAUCUCCUGCGGAUUCCUGGACUGCCUCUACAGCACUGAGGUGCACAAGCCCACAGCCCCAGAGGUUCACAUGAACGGGAACGGUAAAGCCCACUGAGCACCAGUAACCUCACCUGGCCGACACCUCUGGCCGCACCUAGCAUACCUUCCACCUGCACACCUGUAAGAGGACUACCAGUCUCUCUCUCUCUCUCUCCUCCCCCCCGUCCUUUGGCCUGUCCGCUCAGUAAGAAUCCUACAGUCCAACGGUUGCCUUAUCUUGCCCUGGCUAACCCUACUGUUUGCACUGACAAACGACCUGGGAUGCACAAGCCAUCGUGUUUUAACUCACGAGAGGGAAACUACACAUUUACUGUGCCUAGAAACCAUAGAGAAAUUAUGACUCAAAUCCUUCAUUCUAUGAUUAUCUGAAAUGUCUUUGAUUUUUGUUUGUUAUCGUUUUCUUUUGCUGUUUGUUUUUCCCGAUUUGAGUUUUAUCUGUGCUUAAUUAUGUCUUGGAUCGGGAUUUCAAUCAUCAAACUAAAUUAAUUUUAGUUUUUCAUAUAUUCGGUUUACAAGUGAAUGCAUUCAAGUAUUUUUUUUCUUCCUUUUAUACUUGUAACAAUCAAACAGGAACAUUUCAAAAUGCGAUCUUCGCUGAAUAUGUGACGACGCCUAGAAACACAAACCACUGAAAGCGUAACACGCUGCUCUUCUGCCCUCCAGUGUACAACUGCAUGUACUGCAGUAACCUGGUUGCCCUGAAUGCAGUUUUUCAGUUUUUCCACUUUUAUUUGUGUUUUAACUUUAAACUUUGCUGCUUUUAAUAGAACUACAUUGAUAUAAUAUUUUCAGUAGCUAUAAUAAUUUCUUUGAAAUAUCUUUCCUAGCACUUAAUACAAAUGUAAUUCAUACUUUUGCUAUGAUACAUUGACUGUGGAAGAAGGUUUCAGAGAGAAUUCCAUGUCACUUAGGUUAAAGGAUAAGAAAUCGUUUUAAUAAGGGCUGACAUUGAAUGUUUCGACUCACUUCCCCUUUAAAAUAAUUUUUCAAAAUUUCAAAAGCAAAAAUAUGUUUUAAUUCAUCCUGUGGAGUAAAAUGAUUGUCAUUAUAUAUUUAUAUGUGGUUGACAGAUAACCUGAAUAUUUUCCUUCCUUGUAAUUCAAGAUCCUCUCUGAAUCUACCUCAAUCUCCACCUAUUAUGACCAUGUCUCUCUUCUUCAUUCUGGUUACGUAAUAGGACCUCUCACACAGGUUAUGUCAACUAAUGCGGUUAUGUCAACAGUCGGUAGAUUUCAGGCGUCUGACAUAGGUUUAAACUAUGUAGGCGUAUCCUCUUUAUACUGUGUUUCUGUCCGACUGCUCAAAAGUUCACCUUUUUCAGCCCAAUGUGAAAAGGAACAAUCCAUACUCGAAUGACCUUGGACCUAUUUUGUUUUGUUUUUGACAUACUCGCGUGUUAUUACUCCUAUUGAUUGUUGAAACUGUGUCGCCUAUAUCCAUUACAAUAUUUCAAUGUUCACCCAAAACAUGACCUUGUUCCAGGAGAGACAACAGCAGCACAUAUUUCAUAGUUUCAGAAAGCAGGCAUGUCUUUCAAAAAACGGUUCUCUAACUUGCGUGUGUCAUUUUGCUGUGUUUGUUUUUGUGUAUUAGACCACUGUGUGAUUUGUGUUUCAUUGAUUAUCUUUAAUCCUGGCCAGUCCUAUUCUUUUAGGAUCGUACAACCUUUUUAAUAUUUUUAUAUUGAGUUGUGAAUGUAUACGAUUUUUUUUGCAUUCAGAAAGACUUCAGAAGCUGUUCCAGUGUUUCCUACUGGCCAGGUCUUGUCCACCAUGUUGGCUAUGUUUCUGCGUUGCUAUUGGUGCCCGGUAAACUGAAUUAUGGAUUUUUAAGAUGCAAUCAAGGGAUCAAACGCAUCCAUGUUGUGUAGGAUGGGGGAGGGGGUUAGCGAAAAUGAGUUUAAUCACGGAGCUAUUUCUAAUUUCACUCUUUUCGUACCAUGUCACCGUCUCAUGCAUACAGAUACGGUUUUAAUGUUCAUGAAGGUGUCCAUUACUCAUCCGAAUGUGUAUUUGUUUAGGUUUGUGUCGUCGGCUGUUAUUUAAAAGCACCACAUAGCAAUAAUAGAGCAUGGCUCCUCGUUGGCCCGACCAGAGCUCAUGUUAACAGAUCCUGUGGUUGUUAGCAGACUCAGGGAUUUGGCUUUGUAACCACCAUUGGCGUGGCCCAAUGCUCCUUUUGAAUGUUGUCCAUUUAAAUUAAUAAAUACCAUGUUGCUAGAA